CCCGCGGAGCGCCGGCCCCAACGCCUGCUCGCGGAGGCCGCGCCGGGUGGCGGCGAGGCCGGAAGAUGGCCUGGGUGCUCAAGAUGGACGAGGUGAUCGAGUCCGGGCUGGUGCACGACUUCGACGCCAGCCUCUCGGGCAUCGGGCAGGAGCUGGGCGCCGGCGCCUACAGCAUGAGCGAUGUCUUGGCGUUGCCCAUUUUUAAACAAGAAGAUUCCAGCCUUCCACUGGACGGUGAGACUAAACACCCACCCUUUCAGUAUGUGAUGUGCGCUGCCACCUCGCCUGCAGUAAAACUGCACGACGAGACUCUCACGUACUUGAACCAAGGUCAGUCUUAUGAAAUUCGGAUGCUGGAUAACCGGAAAAUGGGAGAUAUGCCUGAGAUCACUGGAAAAUUGGUAAAGAGCAUCAUAAGAGUUGUAUUCCAUGACAGACGGCUACAAUAUACAGAGCAUCAACAGCUUGAAGGCUGGAAGUGGAAUCGUCCAGGAGACAGACUUCUCGAUUUAGAUAUUCCAAUGUCUGUGGGAAUAAUUGACACAAGGACAAAUCCAAGCCAGUUAAAUGCGGUUGAAUUUCUGUGGGACCCUGCGAAGCGCACUUCUGCUUUCAUUCAGGUACACUGCAUCAGCACAGAAUUUACUCCCCGGAAGCACGGAGGUGAGAAGGGAGUACCUUUCAGGAUUCAGGUCGACACCUUUAAGCAAAAUGAAAACGGAGAAUACACGGAUCAUCUACACUCAGCUAGCUGCCAAAUCAAAGUGUUUAAGCCUAAAGGUGCAGACAGGAAACAAAAAACGGACCGAGAGAAGAUGGAGAAGAGAACAGCUCACGAGAAGGAAAAAUAUCAGCCAUCCUAUGACACCACCAUCCUCACCGAGUGUUCUCCAUGGCCCGAUACCCCCACAGCCUACGUGAAUAGCAGCCCUUCCACAGCGCCCGCCUUCACGUCCCCACAGCAGGGCACUUGCAGCAUCCCCGACAGCAAUUCUUCUUCCCCAAACCAUCAGGGAGAUGGAGUUUCACAGGCCUCCAGUGAACAACUUCAGCCUUCAGCCACGAUCCAGGAAACCCAACAAUGGCUGCUCAAAAACAGAUUCUCUUCCUACACAAGACUGUUUUCCAAUUUUUCAGGUGCCGACUUAUUAAAACUGACAAAGGAGGAUCUAGUACAAAUUUGUGGUGCAGCCGAUGGAAUUCGGCUCUAUAAUUCCCUGAAGUCCAGGUCGGUGAGGCCCCGCCUGACCAUCUAUGUCUGCCAGGAGCAGCCGAGCAGCUCACCGCUGCAGGGCCAGCAGCCGGCUGGCGGCGGAGGCGACAGUGGCAGUGGGACGCCCUACGUUUAUCAUGCAAUCUACUUGGAAGAAAUGGUUGCUUCAGAAGUUGCUCGAAAACUUGCAUUGGUGUUUAAUAUUCCUUUCCACCAGAUUAACCAGGUCUACAGACAGGGGCCCACCGGUAUUCACAUUCUUGUUAGCGAUCAGAUGGUUCAGAACUUUCAAGAUGAGAGUUGUUUUUUAUUCUUCACAGUAAAAGCUGAGAAUGGUGAUGGUAUCCACAUAGUUUUGAAGUGAUGUUGUACUUAGUCUGAACUAUAUUCAGUACCAAAUAAAGUCACGCUUAAAAGUGUGUGAAGACUGAAUCCAAGAAGUCUUGGGAUUGGAUUUUACCGUAUGAAAUGUUUCAUAUUGAAAACACAAGAUGACCUUUCUAAUGAGCUGUAUGAGAGGCGAAUCUCCUCACUGUCACUGCCAUAGCCAAGCAUCCUCGUGAGAGGGAGCACGUCGGGACAGCACGCGUGCGGCUCUGGGGCCACGUGCCAGCGGGGCUGCCUGCUUCUCUGGCAGAGGCCAGUAGAUACAGUUCCUAGAAGCAGCCUUUGCUGUCUUUUUACACUGUAUGCGGUUUGGAAAUGAAUGUAAAAACGUACUGUGGGCAUUUACCUUUCUGUGCCAGUUUGGCUUUUAUUGCCUGAACCUUAUGCUGACCCAGAGCAGGGGUGGGGGACAGUGCUGUUGUGGAGCCAGCACGGAAUCUGUCUGCAGAUGCGAUGUGCCGAGACCGCGAUCAGGGGUCAGGUAAGAGGCUUGGCACCUUCUCGGAAGAAAUCAUGUCUAAGGGUGUGUGUGACGGGCUCGUGCCAGAUGGGGAAAGAUCCGAGCCAGGAAGGCGGGCUUGGAGCAAACUGCAUUAUCAAGAGUACCUUGGUGAGAGGAUCAGUGUAAAUCCUAAUAGGUACAAAGACUUUUGUGUUUUUGCUUUGUCACAGAUUUAUUGAAAACCUUUUGCUUCUGCUUCCAUUUUUAGAGCUUUUUUUUCUGGUUUUUAUUUUUGAAGUCCCUUGACUUUUAAACUCGUGUGGUAUUCCUCUCUUUCUCUGUCCCUCCCCUCCCCACCCCACCCUGUUCCUGAAUGUUUUUAAAGCCCUGUCCCAGACAAUGGAAACAGGUGACCUAGGUAGGGGGAAAUGUAUGGCCGUUUCCGACUUGCUGUUAAGGGGUCUUCAUUAUCAACAAGUUGAAAUUAUUUGUGGCAAAUGAGAUGUCAUAAAUGAAACACUAAAUUGUACCAUAAAAAUACCCCCACACUUCUGAAAUACGAGCUUUAGUACAAUCAUGGGUAAAUAUUUUGGUGAUUAUUUAAGAGGCUUUCUUAUACACCACAUAAUAACUUCUUUUUCUAUAAAAAGGGUGCCUCUUCCACAAAACCAAAUGCUUGUCUGCCAGUACACUUCUUAAAGGGAGUCCACUGCUUUUGCAAUUUUCCUUUCUUGCUUCGCUCUGCCCGAAGCCUUCCCCAUGCACACCAGCAAGCAUAUGUGAGGCCCACAUGUGGUGUAGCGGACUUCAGUUUCCCUUUAACUGUAGCAGCUCUGACCAGUUACCCAGCUGUUUUGGUUCUGAAUGUGUUUAUUUGAAUCUUAACCUUUGUUCAGGCAGAAAUAGGAAUGAGUAAUUUAGGCUUUGAAAUCCCCCAGAAGACAAACUACUUCAGUGGGUAAAAGCUUUGACCUUUUGUGUUUAAUUCUUAAAGGGUUAUUGGAUACAGAGAAGCCCAGUCUCUAAAUAUUUUCAUCUUCAGUUUGAAAAUAUCUGUAACUCCUAUAGACCCUAAAAGCAGAGGAACCAUCCUUUCUGUCAUCUCCCUUUGCUUCCAUAUGAACACGUUUUCUGUACCAAUCACUUGAAAGAAGUGAGCAUAUUUGUUUUUGCUUGUCUGUUUAGCAUUCCUUUUUGAGUCUCAAAGAUACACGGAAAUAAAUGUCAUUUAAUGCUGUGUGCUAUUUUGAAUUUCUCAUCAGGUUUUAGAAGUGGGGUUACACUUAAAAGCUCAUUGAACUUGAAAUUAUACCAAGCAGCAUUGACCAUUAGUCUGUCCCAGUGAAGCAGGUUAAAUUAUGGCACCAGCAGAUUUGCUACUUUGUUUUUUUAAUAGUAGGAUGUAUACAUUUCAGUAUAAUAAAUGUUUUCCGAUUGUUUUGCAAAAAAAAAAAAAAAAAAAAAAAAAAAAAGAAA